CGCGCUCCGCCCUCCGGCGCUGGCCUUCGCAGCCAGGGAAGGCCGGGAAGAUGCUGGAGACGCUGCGGGAGCGGCUGCUGAGCGUCCAGCAGGACCUCACCGCCGGGUUGAAGACUUUGGGCGACAAAUCAAGAGAUGCAAAGAAAAGCAGGCAGAGAACUGUUCAAUGUUUGCCAGAGUUUUCUGCUGGACUGGAAUUACUAAGCAGAUAUGAAGAUGCUUGGGCUGCCCUUCAUAAAGGAGCCAAAGAUUGUGCAAAAGCUGGAGAGACCUGUUUGUUGCAGCUGGUCGAUAGUGAAGUUGUGAUGCUUUCUGCACAUUGGGAGAAGAAAAGGAACAGUCUGGUGGAACUGCAGGAUCAGCUUCAGCAAAUACCGGGUUUUUUAGCAGAUCUGGAAUGCCUCACAGCAAGUCUAGCCCAGCUAGAGGCGAACUUUGAGGAAAUGGAGAAUCAUCUGCUGUGUCUUGAGGAACUAUGUGAGCAGUGUGAAUUGGAAAGAUACAAAUGUAUGCAGACAUUACAGCUGGAAAACUACAAGAAAACAAAAAGGAAGGAACUGGAAACAUUCAAAGCUGAACUCGAUGCUGAACAUGCACAGAAGGUUUUGGACAUGGAGCACACCCAGCAGAUGAAGCUAAAGGAGCGCCAGAAGUUCUUUGAAGAAGCCUUCCAGCAGGACAUGGAGCAAUACCUUUCCACAGGAUACUUGCAGAUAGCAGAGAGGAGAGAGCCGAUUGGAAGUAUGUCUUCCAUGGAGGUGAAUGUGGACAUGCUGGAGCAGAUGGACCUAAUGGACAUGUCUGACCAGGAAGCACUCGAUGUCUUUUUAAACUCAGGAAGCGAGGACAAUAAUGUGCUGUCUCCCAUGCUGGGACCCGACUCCAACACCUACGUGAAUGAGAUAAGUCUUCAGGUGCCGAGCCAGUCCGAGUUACGGCAGAAACUCUGUUCCCUCUCCUCGACCUGCACCGACUCCGCCAGCCAGGAUGCAAGCGAAGGAGAGUCUCCCAUUGUUCAGUCUGACGAAGAGGAAGUUCAAGUGGACACUGCCCUUGCUGCUGUAACUGAGAGAAAGGGUGCUUCAGAUGGCAGUGAUGAAAGUGACUCUCAAACUAUUUGAAUCUUAAAACCAUAUCCUUUAAGAAUGACUUCUGAAUGAAUGAACAAGUGAAUGAAGAGCUUGCCUGUGUAACAAUUUGCUAACCAAGCAUAACAGCCAGAUCUUUAUACUUAGUAAUACUGCCUUUUUACAAAAUUGCCAGUCAUGUGGAGGUUGGUUUUUAAAGAAAAAAUUAUGCCUAAAGCACACACACUUUAACAGUCUUGGGGCUCAGGGGAGCAGGAAAACUGUUGUAUAUACUAUGUAUAAGAGAAUUUAAGGGAAGAGGUAGAAGUGACUUUGACCACUAACCUUUAAAUGGCUGAUUGGAAGUACUUAAGAGUUGAUGUGUAAUACUGAACCCAAAUUGUUCCUUUGCAUGUUUUCAGCUGCUGCAACUGAAGAUUUAGGAUCCAAACCGAAAUGAAAAGUUAUUUUCUACUCUUUACUACCUACUGCCUCCUGCCUUUGUCUACUAAUGCAGCAGUCUAAUGUCUACUAAUGCAGCAGUGUCUACUGUUCUCACACUUCUUAUUCAGGACCAACUUAGUUAUAGGUGUUAAGGAAAAAAUAAGAACCUGAGAAGGAGGAGAGAUGCAUAUGGAAAUGUUACACUCCUUGCGGAGCAGGUAUCUUAGCUUUGUGUAAACUUACUCCUCUUUCAAGAUAAAAUAAAGUAUUUCUAUCCCAA